AUGCAGGCCGCCGGUUCCCUCAAAAAAAAGCGUCGUCGCAACCUCGCCAAAGUCACGGGGCUCGGAGCCCUUGGCUACCAAGAGUCCAACGACGCCUUCGACAUCCAACAACUUUACUCUGGCGGCGGCGGGGGUGGCGCCAUCUGGGAAGACCAAGCCGACGGCUCUUCCACCCGCAGCGGGUCCAUCACCCGACCCACCCGGGCGCCAUAUCCCCCCACCGGAAACGAUCCCGAGUGGGGCGCCACCCGACAAAGUUCAGCGACCGGGUCGACCUCCUCCUACAUCCCGUCGGGCUACCCGCCUCCCGCAGAACCCGGCUCCAGCAAAGCGGAACGUCCCUGUCUCCUCAGUAAAAAUGCGGUCUCCCGACUAAAACAGGUCUGCAUCGUGGGCGCCCUCGUGUGGGCGUUGCCAUGGCGAUAUGACGCCAAGACGAGGCGUGUAGAACGAUGGAGUCCGGGCUUGCACAGGGUGUGGUCCGCUAUCUGGUGGGCGUUCGCGGUACAGAACACGGUCCUGCUCGGCUACCAGUUUUACUCGUUCUUCGCCCGCGUCCAGUUGGACAACGGGAGCUACCGGCCGGUCUUCAUGAACUCGUUCUGCGUCUUCUGGUACCUCUACUCCAUCUCGCUCAAUACCACGAUGCACAUGUACAGGGACAAGUUCCGCAUCUAUAUUAAUACCUUGCUCGCCUUCAAUGAGAAGAAUGUCGAACGGUACGUCUUGACCCUGGACGAAUUGGGGGACCAUGGCCAAGCCAUUUUGAAGUGCGCCGUACCCGCAAACUUUAUCCAGUUGUGCUUAUCCUGUACCUUGUACCUUUUCAUGCCCUACCAACCCUGGUACCUGACCAGCUACAUUUACUCCCCCGAUAACCCAAAGUGGUGGCUUAUCCCGGGCGCUCUCCAGGAGUGGGUCAUGGCCGGUCAGACGGUCGCUGUUUUCUGCCUUCUCGCCUGGAUCACCGUCUCCCAUGGAAACUGUGUCGAAUUCUGGUUAAUGGAGGCCCAUCAAGGAAACGACACGGGCUACACGAUCGACUCUCUGCGCGAGUCACAUACGGCGAUCGAGCUAUACCGCUCACUUCAAGUGCUCACCGGACUCCUGAAUGAGUGCAUCUCCCCACUCGCCUUUCCCAUCAUGAAGAUGAUCAACUGGACUGCCGUCGUUUCCUGUGGAUACGUUCUUAUCCGUUCCAUGAAUCAAAAGUUCAUCGAUGAGUUUCCCGCCAUCAUGACGUACCCGUUCGGCGUGAUAGUGUGCGGCUCCUGUGGCUACGGCAUGCUCCAAAUCUCCGCGGAAAUGUUUGACAUUGCGACUUCAUUUUUGAACUCGUGGUCACAAACGAGACAUAAAAAUUUGAGAAGGAUCAUGACCUCGUGCUCAAUUCUGCGCAUUUAUGUCGGCAGAUUCUACUUUGUCACCAUUUCCACGACGAUUACUUACUUUCAAAAAACAUUUGACUACAUUAUCGAUUGUAUUGUGACGUUCCCGUAGAGAAAAUGGGAGGUCAGAGGUCAAACGUAGUAACCGUUGACAUAUAUUGACCUUUGACACAACUAGUACAUGAUGGACGAUGAGUUUAUAAUUUUUGGGAAAAAAUAAACGUAACUUGCUCACUAAAUAAUUCAGAUAAUAAUGCAGAAUUUAGUAAUCCAAUUAGAUUUGACCUUUACAAAUUUGACCUUUGACCUGAUACGGGUCGCGACACGUUGUUACUGACGUUUGACAAAUGUGUACAUGACAGAUUACGACAUGACAAAAACUGCAUUUUUAUUAGUUUGCCUACCAAAUAAGCAAGUUAUUUAGGUAGCUCUCUUACAACAAUUUGUAAUCGGAUACACGAGUGACCUGCCCUUUGACCUGAUGGAGGUCAUGACACGUUGUAACCUUUGACACAUAUUUAUAACUACAUAUAUCACAGAUUACGAUGGGCGUGAAAAAAACUGCAUUUUUGUUCAAUUGUUCCCUAAAUAAUCCAGAUAUUUUGUCCUUGGAAGAAUAAAUUGACCUUUGACCUGACGUUUUAUAAAUGGCUUAAUUUUCAUGACCUUUGACAUACUUGACCUCAGUCACUGCUUACAUAACGGCUUAACUUGCAUGACUCAAAAAAUUGUCCACUUCUUUUCUUCAGGGAGAAAGCGUAUUUAUUUUACUUUUAAUCACAUCUUAUUCUUACAAUUUUUAUUUAAAUAGUACAUAAAUUAUGCAAAUGAGCUGCCAUUUGUGCAUAACCUUUGAUCCACGUGGUCCCCCGUUAAACUGUAAUUAAUUAGUAGUACCACUAAUAACAAUAAAUCAUGAAAAAGAAAUA